AUGGCUGCGCAAUCCAAGCUGCUCCCUCCGGAGCGCUCCAUCCGACAGAUCGUCUCGCACCUGACGGGCCUGUAUGUUAGACACCGCACCCGCAUCUCGCGCGCUGUCUACCUCGCCCUCUUCCUCGCGCUCGCCCACCGCAUUCGCAAUGCCAUCGCAGAGCAAAAGGCCGCCUCUCAGCGACAAGAAGAGCUGCGGGCCCGGCCAGGGACCAGCACUCUCGGUGACGAAGGCGCGGGCGCGACCAGGAAGAGGGUCGAGCUGAAUCGCGAGUUUUUGCGAAACUUGCUUCGCCUUCUGAAGAUCGUGAUACCCGGCUGGCGCAGCAAGGAGUUUCGGCUGCUCAUCAGCCACAGCAUCUUCCUCGUGCUGCGGACAAUGCUCAGUUUGUAUGUCGCUGAACUCGACGGCAGGCUGGUCAGCAACCUGGUCCGUGGCAAGGGUAAGGACUUCUUGUCUGGUCUCGUGUGGUGGAUGACAGUAGCCAUUCCCUCGACCUUUACAAAUUCCAUGCUCUCAUACCACCAGUGUCGGCUGGCGUUGCAGUACAGGAAGCGCUUGACCGACCACGUGCAUGACAAAUACCUGUCCAACAUGACCUUCUACGCCCUUUCGGCUCUGGACGAUCGCAUCAAGAACCCGGAUCAACUCGUCACCGUCGACAUCUCCCGUUUCUCUGACAGCCUGGCGGAGUUGUAUUCGAACCUGGCGAAGCCCAUCCUGGACAUGAUCAUCUACAAUUACAAGCUUUCUCAAAACGUCGGGAUGGAGGGUCUUUUCCUGAUGAGUCUUUUGGUCCAGCUGUCGGCCAAUGUGAUGCGCAUGCUGACGCCGCCGUUCGGGAAAUACGUCGCUGAUGAGGCUCGGCUGGAGGGAGAGUUCAGGUUCCAGCACACGAGACUGAUUGACUACAGUGAGGAAAUUGCGUUGUAUCGCGGCCACGAGGCGGAGAAAGACAACCUGGAUAAGGGCUAUUUCACGCUGAUCAAGCAUGUGAACCGCAUCCUGCGCCGGCGGCUGUACCAUGGUUUCAUGGAAGACUUUGUCAUCAAAUAUUUCUGGGGUGCUCUGGGGCUUAUUCUAUGCAGUAUUCCAGUCUUCUUUAAGAUUCCUGGCCAGGUCGGCAAGACAAUGGGGGAUAGGACGGAAAGCUUUGUCACCAAUCGGCGAUUGCUCCUCUCUUCGUCGGAUGCCUUUGGCCGUGUGAUGUUCUCUUACAAGGAGAUCUCCGAGCUUGCGGGGCACACCGCGCGGGUUUCCUCUCUGCUGGACGUGAUGGAGGACGUGGCAGCUGGACGGUUCGAGAAGAAGUUGGUUUCGUCGGCCUCGACAGACGAAAAUGCAGCAGUCCUCGCUGGCCGGGGAACUGUGGUGGAGAGCGAAUCGAUCGAGUUUAUCGACGUUCCAAUCGUCUCGCCCAACGGCGACGUCCUUGUCCGGAAGCUUUCCUUUACUGUGCAUCCCGGUGACCAUCUCUUGAUCGUUGGGCCUAAUGGUUGCGGGAAAUCGUCCUUGUUCCGCAUUCUUGGUGGCUUGUGGCCUGUCUAUGGAGGCACGGUCAAGAAACCAAGCUCCGAGGACAUCUUCUACAUCCCCCAGCGACCGUAUCUGUCUCGUGGGACACUUCGCCAGCAGGUGAUCUAUCCGGACGGCGUUCGCGAAAUGCGGGCCAAGGGUGUCACUGAUUCGGAUCUUCUUGAAAUCCUAUCUAUCCUAGAAAUAUCAUCGAUUGUCGAUCGCCCAGGAGGAUGGGACGCUGAAGAGGAGUGGCGGGACGUUCUGUCAGCGGGGCUGCAGCAGCGGAUCGCCAUGGCUAGGCUUUUCUACCACAAGCCGAAAUUCGCCAUUCUCGAUGAGUGUACGUCAUCAGUAACAUUGGAGAUCGAGAAAGUCAUGUAUGAGACCGCCAAGAGACUCGGUAUUACGCUGAUGACGGUAUCUCACCGUCGCAGCUUGUGGAAGUAUCACAAGAAGAUCCUGCAGUUUGACGGUCAGGGUGGCUAUAUUUUCACCGGGUUGAACUGGGAAAGGAGACUGAAGCUUGAAGAUGAGAAGGAGGAGCUCGACCUCCAGCUGCGCGCGGUACCAGAAAUCGAAAAGCGCAUUGCCGAACUGACCGCAGCCACCAACCAUCGUUCCACCGUCGAAUGUUCUAUGGAGCUUCCUCUCAACCGUGCGUUUGAGAUUGACAUUGUCAACAAUCUCCCAAACCGCAAAGGAAGAUGCGCGACGACGAUCGCGAACUCUUCUGCACCUGCUCUCGCCUGCGAAGGUGAAACUCUCCUGUCGCCAGCAUCACCGGAGUCCAUAACAGCUAGUCCUAUCCUUACUCCGACGACAUGGACAAGGACAUUAUCAGCACAUUCCGCAACAGGAAGCGCUAUCAGUUCCCGUCCAGUUGGCCUCCGUCGACGCGAGGAUGCUGCAAGAGGCAUGCUGAUUGGUAUCAAGAUCAUGACAGGCGAGAUUCGAAUUCGAUCGUCACUACACGACGGCGUCCACGAGGAGGAAAAAACGAGUGAACGAAUAUCCGAGUUGGAUGAUGAUGAAUAUUCUGCGGAAAACAACUCUCAUUAUUAA